UCCUCCUGCCUUCGUGUUUUCUACAAUUACUAUGGGGAUUUUGGGGUUCCUUAGCGGGGAUCCACAGAACUGUCUAUCACCCCAAACCGAAGAUUGCUCCUGUUUCUCUCAAAUUAUGGUCUCAUGAAUUCAGACGUCGCCUCCAAGUCUCCAGUGCGGUCUGUUCAGCCCGGGCCAAGGCUUCUGGACGUUCUUCCAUUACCUCGGCUCAAGGCCAGGCUCCUGAUCUGCCCCCUACGAAGGCAAGCACUGUCGCCCCCCCAGAGCAGGGUGCCUUGAGCCCCCUCAGCUUCAUAAUCUGGAGAACGGGGCCUGCCCCAAGCAGGGAGGCAGGUUCCCGGGAAAUCGAAAAACAGUUGCCAACAGAGAGAAAGCUGGCCCUAACUUCGGGCCCAAACUAAGCUUCCUUUAAAGACACAGCCGUUAAGAAUUGCGCAGGCGGCUGCGAAACCCCGCGAGAUUUAAACUCUCCGAGUCUGCGCCAGAGAAAGGAGAAAGAACGGAGGCCGCCUGGAGCCAAAAUUCAUGAAAGCGAGAAGAUAGUCAUGGAUCAGGUAAUGCAAUUUGUUGAACCUAGUCGGCAGUUUGUGAAGGACUCAAUUCGACUUGUCAAAAGAUGUACCAAGCCAGAUAGAAAAGAAUUCCAGAAGAUCGCUAUGGCAACAGCAAUAGGGUUUGCUAUAAUGGGAUUCAUUGGCUUUUUUGUUAAGUUGAUCCAUAUCCCUAUUAACAACAUCAUUGUUGGUGGCUGAAUACUUCUGGAUGGCAUUUACUGCUUCAAGCUUGAUGGACAAGUUUGGGGUUGGGAAGGUGCUAGCUUUGUUCAUGUAGUAAAAAUUUUGUCUUAUGUGGUUUACUUCCAUGGUAUUUUCAGUGUCUGCAUUAAAAUAACUUUUACAGAAA